UCUUCCUCCCCAGAUUAGCACACCGUACAGUUACCAUAAUCCUUCCCCUCAUGGCCUUCUCAGAUUAUUGUUGCAGCAUCGACACGGAUGGCUUCUGGGCGACGUCGCCGCCGCAGCUCGGGUUCGGGUCCGAGCCCGCAGCGAGCCCAUUAUUCCCUACCGAAACCCCGGCGCCGUCCUCGCCCGAGGUGGAGGCCGGCGACGCCGCCGCGGCGGGGUGCGCCGACGAGCGGCGGCUCCGGCGGAGGAUCUCGAACCGGGAUUCCGCGCGGCGGUCCCGCGCGCGGAAGCAGCGCCGCCUCGACGAGCUCCGGGCCAGCGCGGCGGCCCUGGGGCGCAGGCGGCGCGAGCUCGCGGCGCGCGCGCAGGCCGCGCGCGGCCGCCUGGCCCUCGCCCGGCUCGCCAACGCCGGGCUGCGCGCCGAGGCCGACGCGCUGUCGCGCCGGCUCGCGGCCGCCCGCCGCGCGCUCGCGCUCGGCCGGCUGUACCACGCCGCAACCGCCGGAGGCAGCGGCAGCCUCGGGUUCGUGGACAUCGAGCAGACGAUCGCCUCGCUGAUCGCGUGA